CACGUGUACACACUUUACGACAUGUUUACAUACUAUACGGUAGUAGGACGCCAGAAAAGCGCAUUUUCACGUGUGGCGUCGAUAAAGACCAACACUCAGUAAGUGAUGGUGAAUCAGCUGAUGUUGAGGGCAGCUGCUCACUGCGGGAGAUGGACAGCUGUCAAUCAACUCACCCGGACACACUCAGAUAUGGCAGAAUUUCGAGAGGUUUUCUCUAAGGCGCGUCAGAUCGCCAUCAUCACUGGAGCAGGAGUGAGUGCAGAGAGUGGAGUACCAACUAUCAGAGGAGCUGAAGGACACUGGAGGACCUGGAAGACACAGGAUCUGGCCACGCCGCAGUCGUUCUCCCGUCACCCCAGCACAGUGUGGGAGUUUUACCACUACAGACGAGAGCUGUGUGUGAAGGCCCAGCCCAGCGCCGCUCACAGGGCCAUCGCCGAGUGUGAGGCUCGGCUCAGCCGACAGGGCCGAUCGCUGGUGGUGAUCACACAGAACAUCGACCAGCUGCACCAGCGCGCCGGAUCCAAGCACGUGCUGGAGGUCCAUGGUAACCAGUAUCAGACCAGAUGUGUGAGCUGUGGAAAUGUGGAGGUCAAUCACAAGAGCCCCAUCUGUCCGUCACUGGAGGGCAAAGGGUCACCUGACCCUGAUGUCCCCGACGCACUCAUACCUGUCAAAGACCUGCCCAGGUGUGAGCAGAAGGGCUGUGACGGGCUGCUGCGGCCUCACGUCAUCUGGUUCGGGGAGACUCUGGACUCGCACAUCCUCACUGCAGUGGAGCGGGAGCUGGAGACCUGUGACCUGUGUCUGGUGGUCAGUGCAGCUCACACACACACACACACACACACACUGCCGAGGCUGAGGUGUGCCCUGUCCUCUCUCAGGUGGGCACCGCCUCUGUGGUGUAUCCGGCAGCCGUGUUCGGCCCACAGGUGGCGUCCCGAGGCGUUCCCGUGGCCGAGUUUAACACUAAGAGGACGCCGAAUACAGAGCGCUUCAGGUUUCACUUCCCGGGCCGUUGCUCGGAGACCCUUCCCGCCGCUCUGGCGCGUCACGAGUCUGAGCUCAUCUGACACACACCUCGCGCUCGCCGGAUCAGCUGGAGAUGAACGAGGGGAAAUAACACACACAAUGAGCUCCGAUUCAUUCCUCUGCUUCUGAAAUACGAACGCUUGCACAUAAACUAGGCCAAAGAAAGCUCACAUGAGCGCAUGUUUGUGCUGUUGAAAGUUUGCAAUGUGCCUUCUCUUAAAUCACUGAUGUGUCUUGAUGUUUAGCAGGAUUGUGGGAGACGGCGCUCGACGCUUCCAGUGUUUGCCUUUAUAACACUUUCAUCGGUUUUUCCAGGGAAUAAAAGCGUUUUCCACAG